AUGAGCGACACUCAAAGGCCCCCAGUAGGAGAUGGAGUGAGCGACACUCAAAGGCCCCCAGUAGGAGAUGGAGUGAGCGACAAUCAAAGGCCCCCAGUAGGAGAUGAAUUGAGCGACACUCAAAGGCCCCCAGUAGGAUAUGAAGUGAGAGACACUCAAAGGCCCCCAGUAGGAGAUGGAGUGAGCGACACUCAAAGGCCCCUAGUAGGAGAUAGAGUGAGUGACACUCAAAGGCCCCCAGUAGGAGAUGGAGUGAGCGACACUCAAAGGCCCCCAGUAGGAGAUGGAGUGAGCGACACUCAAAGGCCCCCAGUAGGAGAUGGAGUGAGCGACACUCAAAGGCCCCCAGUAGGAGAUGGAGUGAGCGACACUCAAAGGCCCCCAGUAGGAGAUGGAGUGAGCGACACUCAAAGGCCCCCAGUAGGAGAUGGAGUGAGCGACACUCAAAGGCCCCCAGUAGGAGAUGGAGUGAGCGACACUCAAAGGCCCCCAGUAGGAGAUGGAGUGAGCGACACUCAAAGGCCCCCAGUAAGAGAUGAAGUGAGCGACACUCAAAGGCCCCCAGUAGGAGAUGAAGUGAGCGAUACUCAAAGGCCUCCAGUAGGAGAUGAAGUAAGAGAUUGA